AUGUAUAUUGGAAGGUUCAGCACAAACUGGUAAGAGUAGAAGAAAUGGUGACUCUUGUCUUAACCACUUGUACUAUAUUAAUGUCCUAGCUGCAAAGUCUUCAAUGUGAGCACUUCCAUUCAAGUAAGUGAAAUCACUUGCAUGAGAGGGAUUUGCCAGAUCAGGACAAAUAUAUAUAUAUUUAUGUAUGUAUGUAUUUUAUAUUCAUUAUUUAAUUCCUUUUUUUGAAAAAAACAAAACAUUAUUUUUGCCAGGAGUUCUUAAAUGGAAGUGUUGAAAAUGAUAAUUUUGUCUUGUUACUCUACUUUCAGAAGUAGUUUUCACUUAAUGUUUUGGAUUUGUAUGCAAAGUUGCUAAAACCAGAGAUCCAGUUAUUCAUCAUUUCCUGAUGAUCAGAUAGUAAAAUUUCCUCUUAUUUUAGUGAAGUUGGGAAACAUGUAUUUUAUAAAGAAAAACAAAACAAGCAAAGGAAUGAAAAGGUAGCUGAAAAGCUACGGAGUUAUGCAUUUGUAUUAUCCUUUGCUAUGCAAUAAAGAGUUCCAGCCCAUGCUUCAUAUUGCAGUGUCUCUCAUCCUAAUUAUCAGGGAUAUAGCAAACACUUUCAUUCUACUGCAUAUACCAAGUUAGCUUUGUUCUAGACAAGAAUCAAUCUUCCCUUUAUCCCAGCUUCUUAACUAAGAUUCAUCACAAACAUCAGAUGAAGAAAUAAAACUCUGUAGGUUUUUCCAUGUCAUCUGUGAGAAUUAGGCCUAGGAUGAAUUUUAGCGUCAGGUUGUUCUGUAAUUAUAAUGAAGGCCAUGGUACAGAGUUGCUAUCAUGUGCUUUUGAAUUGCACAUGGAGUGUGAUUUGUGAUCAGAGGAUAAAGAUUUCUAACAAUUGCUUCCCACCGCCCACCCCCAGCCCUGAUAGUUUUGAGGGCAGUUGUCCAAUCCAGCAGUUCCAUGCUUACCCUAAGCGCCUUGUACACAAGGGCUGCUGUGAACCGCAGGCCCAAAGGAGGACUUGUGGGAGUGGUUUGGUGCAGGGAUAUCAAAGAAGGGUGUUAAAAACACCAGAGGGAUCAGUUUUAGUACUUUAUUAAAGAAAGCUGUAGACUUGCAGCAAAUCAGCCUGCCAGGCCUCUCAGAGAUAUGGGACGGACACCGCAGCAAGCAGAUGGCUUGUCCAAGCAGACAUUAAUACAUUCUUUAUACACAAGGUAGCAUACGUCAUGGGUCAGGACUUCCCAUCACCAGAUGAGGACAUAGGUGCAAAUGCCCUAAUCUUACAGACAGUUCCACUUUCUGGGCUCAGAGCCCAGCACCCCAAGCCCUCCACAGAUAAGGAUAGCAUCAAAGCAUGCCAAUUAGCUUAUAUCAAAGCAAGUGAAUAUAAACAUGUAUGAGCUCAUUGUUACAGCAACUACCAAUUAAUUGUGGGGUUAUCUUGACUUCCAGGAUAGGGAUUGCAGGAAGGGUUUCUGGAACAGUUAACCUUUGCGUCAAUGCAAGGGCUUCCUCCAUUUACUUCAAUGGGAGAACGGAGCAGCUAAAACAGGAUGCACAUGGUGAGCAUGUACAGCAGCGCAUAUAUAUAGAGGCUCUUAUUUCAGGAGCAUUGCCUAAAAAGGGCUUAAGUAUUCAACAGUGUGGAAUUUUAGUACCCUGAAUUGCUAACUCCCUACUUCUCAGGCUCUCUACAUGUCAUGUCCUGCAAGAGCUCAAGUACUCAUUCUCCAUUCUAGAACGAGUCCACAAAUUAUGUAAAGUUCUGGAAAAUGAACACAUUUUAACUAUUUUUAUAAUAUAUACAUUCAGAUCAUAUAAGGUUUUAAGCACAAAGUGCCUAGAUUCUACCAAAACAUUGACAUUAUUUUUAACUCUUGUGGAGCCUUAGCUGGGGAAAGGCCAACAUUGAAGAUUUAUACACUGCUAGAUCAUAUUGAAGUUGACAAAGUUCUUUUAAUAUAGUUUGACUAACUGUGGAAGCCUAGAUAGAACAAUUCAAUAAUUUAAGCCGGUCCCUUAAGAUGCCUGUGAAUUUAUUUUUAUAACCUGUAUGAGCCUUUCAAAUUGUCAAGUAAAUUUUAUUGGUUCAGCUUUUUCUUCUCCUCCAGUGUGCACAUAGUGUAAAUUCCUGUUAGAAGCAAAGAUCUGACACAGACAUUUCUGUCAAUUCUAGAGAAAGCUGACUGUUCCUUUUCGAGUUUUUUGGUGAAAGGAAAGUUUGGGCACCUGUCUUUGAUGAUUCUGUAGCAGCAGUGAGUGCAACAUCUUAAAACAACGCAGCUUGGCCUCUGAUUUACCUAUUGAUUUUGUUACAGUUCUAGCAGCAUAGAUAAUAUCAGCACAGCCAACUGGAGGGUGGCUUGUUUUCCGCAUAUAAUGUAAGCUUCAGCAUUAUUUUUGCUUGUUUAUUAAUAUACCCUGUUUAGCUAAACUAUCCUAAAUAUCUUCGCAGAAGCUUACGGAAAGCUUGGCUUAUCGCUCAAUAUCCAAAAAAACCAAAGUGCUGCACCAACAAGCACAAAACAACCCCUCUGCAGCGCCACAAAUCCAACUCAGUGGUGUAAUGUUGGAAAAUUGUCAAUCACUUUUCCUACCUGGCCAGUUACCUUUCUACAAGGGCCGACAUUGAUGCUGAAAUCCAGCAUCGCCUGA